AUGACCAAAAAGACACAGCCUAAAGAUAAAGACUCACAACUGGAGAAUCAGAUCAAACUGCUGAGAGAGAAAGAGACUCUACUGGAGAUCACAGUGAAAGAGGGGGAAAGCAGUAAAAAGCAGCUGGAGACUCUGAGAAAGGAACUGCAGGACAAGAGCAGCAAACUACAGGAGAUGAUGAUCCUACUGGAACAACAGAAAACUGAACUGCUGAGUAGAGAAUCCUCUAGUUCAGCCCCUCAAGAGUCAGUUCCUGUAGCAGAGCUCAGGCUGGUGCUGCUGGGGAGGACUGGAUGUGGGAAGAGAGCAGCAGGAAACACCAUCCUGGGCAGAGAGGAGAGGAGCCAGGCUGGAGCGUCUACAGUGAGGCAGCAGAGUGAGAGCAGACAGGGGGAGGUGGCUGGGAGGCAGGUGACUGUGGUGGACACUCCUGACUUGUUCUGUCCUGGACUCUCUCUGGAGGAGCUGAGACAGGACGUGGGACUCUGUGUCCGUCUGUCUGCCCCAGGACCCCACGCCUUCCUCCUAGUCAUACCAGUGAAGCAGUCUACAGGAGAGGAGAGAGGCAUGCUGGAGAAAAUGGAGGAGAUCUUUGGAGAGAGAUGUUGGAGGAACACCAUGAUCCUUUUGACUAUUACUGAUGAAGUCCAAGAGAAGAACAUUCAAGAGUUUAUCCAGUCAGGAACCCAGGAGGUCCAGAGACUUGUAGAGAAAUGUGGGAACAGGUUUCACUAUCUCAGCAUUAAGGAGAGUGGAGAUGGUUCUCAAACCUCAGAGCUGCUGGAGAAGAUAGAGAAGAUGGUGGAAGGAAACAGAGAGAAAUUCUACAGCAGUGAGAUCUACCUGGAGACACAAUCUCAGAUCAGAGAGAUAGAGAAAAGAAUUCGAAUAACUAAACUAGAGAGAGAGUUAAAAGAGGAAAGAGAUGAGAAGAAAAAGACAGAGCUGAAGAGGGAGCUAGAAAGAGAGAUUCAGCGGAGGAAGGAGGUUCAGCUUGAGCUAGAAAGACUGAAAGAAGAGUCUGUAAAGGAGAGGAGAGAGAUGGAGGAGAGACACAGACAGGAGAUGAAGGAAGUCAAGGAGACAUAUGAAGAAGCCAGUAUGGAGGUAAAUAGAAUUCUCAAAAAGAUCGUUCUGCCUGAACUACAGAGAAACAUUUUAGCAUCAAAAUCAAAUACGAAGGAUGAGUUCAGCAGAAAGAUGGAGGAGAAGGACAGAAAGUUGAAGGAGAAGGACAGAAAAUUGGAAACUCUAGCACAAACAGUGAAAGAAUUUAGUAGACAUUUUCUGGAGCAGGUCUACAGCUAA